GGAAGUUUUCUGUUUUUGUUUUCCAGACAGCUGUCAGAUGUAGUCCUUUUCUAAAUAAAUAGCAAAUAUCCGUUUAAGCUUCAUGAUGGUGGAGCCCACAGCUUCUGGUGUGUUCUGUAACAGGAUGCUGAGCAUGGUGAACUCUGAAGAUGUGAAUGCCAUCAUCCAGGCUCAAAGGCACAUGCUCGAUCGCUUUGAGAAAACCAAUGAAAUGCUGAUCAACUUUAACGGGCUGUCAAAUGUGCGACUGCAGCAGAUGAACGAGCGCUUCCUGCUCCACACCCGCACCCUGGUGGAGAUGAAGAAAGACCUGGAUAGCAUCUUCAGAAGGAUCAGGACGUUGAAAGGGAAGAUUGCUAAGCAAUACCCAGAAGCUUUCAGCA